AUGAUCGCUGGUUCAUUCAACGCUCUUGUUGCUGCGCUUGCCGUCGUCUCGUCGGUGUCAGCCUCGCCCGUCCCCACCAAGCGCGCGCCGGUCUGGGCCGACGAAAAGACGGCCACAAUCCACCCCGGCGUCAACACCAACACGGCCGGUAGCUGCACGUCUAACUUCGUCUUUUACAAUGGCGACAAGAUUUACCUUGGACAGGCCGCCCACUGUGCCGGCACGGGUUCGUCGACCAGCACCGACGGAUGCACGUCUGGCUCGCUGCCCGAAGGCACCCAGGUGACCAUCACGGGCGCGUCCAAGCCGGGCACGCUCGCGUAUUCUUCCUGGCAGCGAAUGCAGCAGCGCGGCGAGACCGACGCCAACACGUGUGCGUACAACGACCUCGCUCUGGUGCUCAUCGACCCUGCGGACCACGACAAGGUCAACCCGACUGUUCCCACCUUUGGCGGUCCCACCGGCGUCCGUACCACGGGCCUGUCCAGCUUGGAGCAGGUGUACAGCUACGGCAACUCGAUCCUGCGCCAGGGCAUCACGCUGCUCAGCCCCAAGUACGGCGUCAACAUCCAGGACGAGGGCGCGGGCUGGUCGCACAAUGUCGCUACGGUCUCGCCUGGUAUCCCUGGUGACAGUGGAAGCGGCUUCUUCGACAAGUCCGGCAAGGCCUUUGGCGUGCUCAGCACCCUCCAGUUUGCUCCCCUGCCGGCAUCCAACGGCGUUGGCGACCUUGCCAAGGAGCUUGCUUACGCAAGGACCUUCGACGACUUUAAGGGCAUCCAGCUCGCUCUCGGCACUGCUCCUUUCGCAGUAGCCCUCCCUGACCCUUCGAGCGGUCUUCAGUCGACUCUGAAGAAUGCGCCUGGCGCCCUCACCAACGAUGGCAACCUUCUUGGUCUUUGA